CAGGAUGCAGACUGCCCCAGAAAGAGAGGGAAACCACAGCCCGCUAUCACUGCAGCAGCUUGGGGCCAGGUGAGAAGCCCCUGUCCAUGGUUGCUGCAGCUCCAGCAGACACAGCCGGGGGAGGGGUGCAUGUCCCCCAGCUAGGGCAGAGCCAGGUUUGUCUGCCCCCUUGUGCUUGCCAGCCAGAGGGCGGAAUGCAGCAAACUGCACUUUCUCCUCAUUCCCUGACAAAGGGGAGCAGCCAACAACAUCCCAGUAAGAACGGGUGGGGCUUCAGCCCUCCCUCAUCCCCCCUAAAAGGUGCGUGGGGAGAGGAAGACUCAGGGCUGGAGCAGUCUGGGACAGGGGUCGGGGGGGAGCAGCCAACUCCUUUCACCUGCCUGGUGGUUCUGUCUCUUUUCUGUAGGGUUUUCUGAGAAGCAGUCCCAUUCUAGGCACAUCCCGUUGUCCUGGCACAGACCAGCCCUGACCCGGCUUGAAGUUAUGAUCAGAGGAAGUUGUGUCCCAAAUGUGAUGGUGGGACUGUGAGGGAGAAGGAGGAGGCCAAAUGUUCUGAGGAAGGGGGAAAACUCAGGAGAUGUUGCCAAGUGGAUCCAAAGUGAAAGUUUCCCAAAGCCCAGCCCCCUGGAACUUGGACAGGAAUAAGUGCAGGCAGAGGAGUGCUCCAGCGGAGAGAGGGGUAAACACCAGCAUUCCCUGUAAGUUGAGUGCUCGGGCAGCUGCCCAGGAAAGAUUCCAGUGCUGCCCAGCUGAUUGCCAGAGUGCCCAAGUUGGCACCAUGAGUUUCUACUAGUGGUGCACAUCUGCACAUGCCUCAGUGCAUGUAACAAAAUUUAUUCCACACAUGGAUGGAAAAAAAUAGAGAACAUUGCAGGCAGCUCAGAGAUGGAUGGAAAAAAUUAGAGGGAUCCUGCAGGCAGCUCAGAGACAUCAUUUUCUGCCACAAGGGAGAGAGAGAGACGGAGCCCGUGUGCUGACUGAGGCGUGAGCCUUGCUCCAAGUUCAGACCUUUCCUGCUGCCUGGAGAGAGAGUCCGAGACUGUACUGAUCACGCCAAAAGUGUCGCUGCCCAAUCAGCUCUUACCCCACCUCAGAGAAGCUGCGUGGGACAGGAACCCUGUGGGAAAUUGAUCCUUCCACACUCACUGCCCCCGGGGAGCAGAGACCCCGCCCUGCUCCAAAGGAAACAUGGAGCAUUUGUGCAUGGGAAGCAGGGUGGGUGGGCUUAGGACUAAUAGCCUGUGAGCACGGGGGCUGGAUGGCUUGCGUGUUGGGCAGAUCCUAGGCAGAGGGGGCAGGUUCCUAAAGGGAGCUGGCUGGAGUGAGGGGGUUGUGGGAGCGGACAGCACAAGGUGGGAGGUGAGCUGGGGGUGGGGUGGCCCGUUUUUUCACUGUCUCUGUGAUGUGAGCUGUAUAGACUCCGUACAAUUCUAGCAGGAAAGGCUUCCGCAAACAGGCGCAGCAGUGGGCGGGCCCCAGAUAACAACGAGUAAUUUGCUGCUCAGUUUUAGUCUCUACGGUGCCCCAGGACUACUCCUGGUACAGACAAACAGAGCGACCCCUCUAAGAUUUCUUUGCAAAUAAUUUACUCAGAAAACAUUCCAGCUCUCUUCCUGCUGGAGCCAGCAAACUGCAAUUCCUCUGGCCUGAUGCCUGUGUGAAAUCACUGGACACAUUUUUUUUUUUGGUGGGGGUGUAAUUCUUAGGAUGGAUGGUUUGUUAUCAGCAAUAUUUGAUGGCCCAGUCUCAGCUGCUUGGGUGAGUGGUGAUUGGACACAUAGAGUUUUCUCCGGUCCCUGGCACAAGAGGGAAAACUCAUGCUGAGUACAGGGGCUUGAAGAAGUUCUCAUAGGGAGAGAGACAGGUCAGCAGGGUAGGAGAGAAGUGGAUUGGGACAGUAGAUCAUUUGCAACCUCUCCCUCAAGGCAACAUUGGCUUCCCCUCCGGAUAACUGAGGCUGCCGCCAGAUUCAUUGGCUGGACGCAGGCUUUCAGUGCCUCUUUCUCUUGCCAUAUUUGCACCCCGUAAUCUCAGGUGCGACCGGGGUCCUCUCAGAGUGUGUCUGUGUCAGGGCUCCAGUGGGGAUUUGGGAGCCCUGUCCCCGUCAGGAUCUCAAAUAAAACGGUGGUUACCGCCCACGAGCGCACCAUGAAGAGGAAUAAUCACAGCAGCAGAGGCUGGAGAAACUCGUCCACAUGCAGCCAGCCUCAGCCACAGUGCCGGCCUAGGGCUGUCCUCACAGCCGUGCCUGACUGCCAGCCGCCGGUCACCCCGAUCCACCAGGCAGAAAUACAGCUUGGCUGCCCCCGCCGUAGCUGGUGUCCUAGGGGAGUCAGGCACCGGGGCAUCCCUCUUCCUCCCAGAGGGGGUAGCGCAGGUUGUCAAGUCGGAGGCCGAUGAGGACGGAGCCAGCGUGGCAGGGGAGGCAGGCUCGUCCGGGGGUGACACACUUUCAGGCUAUUCCUCCGGGGUGGACGGGGAAGCUCCCAGUGAGCCAGCGACCCCGGAGGGCAUGGAGGAGGAGGAGGACGAAGAAGAGGAGGAGGAGGACGAGGAGGAAGAGAGUGAUAGGCUGGGGCGCCCUAGCCCGCAGGAAGGGGGCGCCCAGCAUCCGAUGCUGAUUGCCUCGUAUUUCACCGGUGUCCUGAAGCCGGGUGAUCUGCCCCUCUGGAGCGGGGGCGACCUUAGUGCCGGGGCGCGGGCGAGCACAGGGAGCGGCAGGGCUGAGCGCUCAUCCCACGGCAUCGGCCCCCUGGCCACCUGCCUGCCUGCAGCGGCCACGCAGGGCCCUGCGCCCCGGAGGUACCACCGGCAGAAAUCGUGGGUGUGGGAGUAUUUCUCCAUUGACCCCGGCAACCCCACCCGCGUCACUUGCAUGAUCUGCCAGCAGAUGGUGAAGCGCGGGACGGACCCCAAGCGGCUGGGCACGUCCUCGCUGGGAAACCACAUCAAGCACAACCACAGCGUCGUCUACAUGCGUCAGAAGCACUUGGGGGGCCCGCAGCCUGGCGGGGCAGAGCCCCCCCAUGCACCACGUGGGGCCGCCCCGAAGUGCAAGCAGCGGAGGGGAGCUGCUCUCAUUUCAGGCAUAGUCAGAGACAAAGCCUUCUACUCUGACUUGGGUCUUCAGCCCUCUGCGUGUAUCCUUUUGGAGUGUGUCAGUCGUAAGCCAAUUGCCAUGAAGCUGGAUUCAGAGCAGGAAAAAGGCACAUUCUACCAGAGAGGGUGA